CGCGAAACACUCCAAAUGGAUUUCAGUGCAAAAUGGAUUAGAGCCUAUACAGUCAAUUACAUUUAAAAGUUAAAUUGUUUCACAAUCAAAUCUCGUUUCAUCUGUUAAAAAGUGACAAAGUUGUUAGUACUACCACAAAAUAAGUCCAUCAAAACAUUAUGUUUGUGUUCAGAAAGUGUAACAAGUGUUGAUUGUUGGUCCCCUCCGCUGAGCUUUUACUCAAAGGAGGAACCAAGAAGUGUUGAAAGUUUUGGAAACAUCUCAGAACGGAGGAAGUGAAAAAGUUCUCCAUUUUCAGUGAAUGAAAAAUUAAUCUUCUUUUUUAAUAAAAAAAAAUUAUUUGCUCUUCUACGAGAAGAGAAUUACACAGAAAAAUGACCUCAGAGACACCCACGUGAAUCUCUAUAUUCGCAGUUCUUCAGUGGAUUCACAUACAAAUACGCACAAUUGAAACGAAUAUCGGUUUUACUUUAAUUACAAUCAUCGGCAUUAAAAAUGCUAUGGAAGUGUGAAAAGAUGGACUAUUAUUACCCUCCACGUGGGCAGCAGCAUACAAGAAAUGUCAAGGGAAGAGUACAGUUUUCUCAACGGUGGUACAAUUGUGGAUCGAGAUACUGCAUCGGCCAGCAACGAUUCAACAUUGAGCCAAUUGAAAUUGGUCAGGACGCCGGAUCUUGAACCAAGUGUCACCAUCAAAUUGGAAGAAUCCACAGAUACAUAUCCCUGGCUCAGCACGGACAUUGAAUCAAAUUUGCUACGCCACUCUGAUGAUCCACUUCUCUCAAGAGCUACUGAUGACCACCAGCAAAAUGAACUGGCAACCAUCAAAACGACUAUUUCAUCCUCCUUUCCGCCUGGACAUCAACAGUCCAGCGAAAGUACAGCGCCGUGUGAAAGGCGCAAAAGUACACGAUCACGUCGCAAAGGGCAGUUCAAGCUGCGCUUUCACCACCAGGCACUUCCUCAAGAAUACCUGGAGCACUUUGAGGCUUCUAAGAGCAAUCAGCGAAAAGAUGAAGGGCAUAAGUUGACAGUGUCAUCUGUGAUGGACACACCAGAAUCACCACAAGAUCGCACAAAUGAGAGCAUUCGAAAUUGGUUGCAGAAGAUCAGUGAGUUGCAGAAUGAGGCAGUUCCGCCCACGCCUGAGGCUGAAAUGGACGUGGAUCGAAAGCCAUCGACAUCAUCAGGCAGCAAAGCCAUGAAGUACAGUGAUUUGCCAUAUAUGGGCGAAAUAACACUCGAAAACAGCAAACCGAGGAGAGGAAGGAAGCCCAAGAAGGCUGACAUCUGCCAUUUGAUCUACAAGAAUUAUGGGACAAUAUUCCCAGGGACGCCGAAAGAUGUAAUGGAGGCUGAGGGUGUCCAGGAGGAGGCUAAGAAAUCUGACCUUCAGUCGAAGAUUGUCAAUUCACUGCUAGAGAAGCGCCUGACGCAGAAGGAGGCCAGACCUGCUUUCGAGGAACCUUUGAAUUUGUGCGUCCGGGACAUGGAUUCUGUGAUCUUAUCCGAUGAAGAGUCUGACAGUGUGGCGGAAUCCAGUCGAACGAGUCCCCUUAUUGGUGUUUCUGAUUUGACUGGUGAUGCGCUGCUGGAGCCAAAUCUCAAGAUGACACUGCCAAAUUUCAAAGCUGCCCUAAUGGACAAGGCACUGAUGCCAGAAACACCAUCAACCGGAGAUUCUGCCUCAGGUGGAUAUGUCUACUGGCCGAAUGCGAAUGUCUUCAUCCACCCCAUGUCACUCUAUUACCAGAAGAUGAUUGACAGUGCGGCGGAGAAGAAGGAUAGUGAUAGGGGGAAGGGUGGGCAGAAUUCCUGUACAAAUCAAUCACCAGCAAAGGUCAGUGAAAAGAAACAAUCCACCACCUCAUCUACCCGUCCCAGUCCGGCUUCGUCGACUUCAGGGAGUUCUUCCAAGGUUCCAACUCCAGGACCACACAAAAGGAAGAGAUCUGCCAUCUUCAUACCCCCUAUCCCAGCGGAAAAUGCCUCGAAUCCUGCCACUGAAGUCAGCAUAUGCAAAUUCAAAUUCACAGGUGGUGCCAAACCCAGUCUUCAAGAGAAAAAGAUGCUCUCCGUGGAUUCUGGUGGUAACUUCCGAUACUACAGCGGUACUGGGGACAAAUCAAUGCGAGGCUAUGAGUUCUUCCCACGGGAAAGUCUCCAGCAGUCUGGAUUGGUGACAGGAUCUAGUGCUGGUGCUUUCCUCAAUACACCUCCAAGUGAGAAAAUAACUGUGGACUGCCUGGCUCCAGGUGAUAUUCACCAGAGACCACUUCAAAAUGCUCCUGGGAAGUCAUCGAGCAGUCCCACGCCGACGCAGAGGAGUGAUCAUCGGAAGAGGAAGUCACGCAGAUCGCUACAGAGGGAGAAACUGGAAAAGACUUUCAAGGAACGAGGUUUCCUUAUUCAGACUCAACAGACGGAAUCCGCCGAGGGAGCGACGUACUGCAAGUUCCGUCAACUCAAAAAGUUCACGCGUUAUCUAUUUCGCAGCUGGAAGGACUACCUUCCAGGGGAUCUGCAGCAGCAGCAACAACAGCAACAGAGUAGUGAAAAUUUUGGAGUACUUCCGACAGAAGCCACUGCCAUUGGGCCAGUCUCUGUCCCCUUCACAGAAGUUGGCAAAUGACGCCUUUUGCCCUGGAUAUGAUUUUUUGUUCAAAGUCGUUAAACAUUGGAGUGUGAUAACAUUUGAUCAGGAGAAGAAGUAAUUCAAUCAACGACCUGAUUUUGUAGGGCAACACCCUUCACAUCGCACGAGAAUUAUCAACAUUCUGCCACUUCGCUGGCAAACGUGCGAUUUGCUAUAAGACAUUACCUGGAUGAGAAAAAGGUUGCAUAGGGUGCAAAGUGAAAAAGUUUUUCCUUCUUCCGGUAUAUUGUAAAUUAAUUGCAUUUCAUUAAGUAAGUGUGAGUAAUUUAUCAAACACGCAAUUUUGCGUGAAUAGUCAAGUUCUGAAUUUUCCCCUGGGGAGAGAUUUCCCAUGGAGCACUUCAGGACAUAUGGUUACUAAUUAUAAUAAUCUUGUAAUCUAAAUUAAAGAAGACUUCUACAAAUUGUUAUGUAACCCAUGUUAUAUUACUCUGGCGUAUAAACUAUAAGGAAAAUUGGGCACAAAGUUCCCAUUUUUACAAAUUCCUCUCGACUAUCGCAAAGCCAGGCAGCAUUUUAGAAAUAAAAGAAUCCUUAUAAGAAGAGGAAAUGCAAAAAAACGCCUAAUUAAUUAUUUUUAAUACAAAAAAAAAUUAUGAAUUUGUAAUUUGGCCAUCUGCUACGUGUUUAAAUAUUUCGUACCAAAGAUUGUAUUGCCCUUAAGUUAACGUGACGUUCAGAAGGAAUUCUUGUGAAUGCAAAACUCUAGUCAUAAUUUUUAUUUGAAUUGUAACAUUAUGUAAAUAAACUUACAUGGUAAUAAUUGGAUGUUCGAGACAUUUAUUAGAAUAUUUAUAUGUUAGAAGUUUAAAUUAUAAAAUAAAGAACAUUAAGUAAUU